GGGCGGAAGUAGCGACGCCCGGGCUCAGCCCUCUUAAAGGGACCGGAACGACUGUAACCUUCGGGGCGCUCUUGGGGUCGAGCUCUGAAGCUGCGGAGGAGGGGGUGAGUAGCGAGUUCAGCAUCACUGCCUCGAGAUCGGAUACCAAGGCCGGAGGGCCUGGUAACCGGUGCGUGGCUUGGUUGUGCCAGAGUGUUCGCUGCGUUUAGUGCUGCUCGUGUAGCGCCCUGGAUGCGCUGAAAGAUUAACUCUGCCAACAGCUGCCGCGGGAAUAAAUUCUGUCAGCUUCUCGCUGCCUCUCGGACCCUCGGACCCUGACACCCGCCAGAUGGCACUGCCAGCAACCUGAGCAAUUUCCCAAACGCUCAUCCCACUUCCUGAUUUCUGGGCAGUGGUACACGCCUUGAAUUUACAGUUGGGGUUCUUAUGUGCUUUUCUGGAACUCUGACUUUGGGGCUAUGUUCUGACCCCCUUGGAGGAGAGGGGGAAGGAAGGAAGAUUGGAAGGCAAAGUCUCAGACUGCAGAGCAUUUCUCAGAAAGUUCCAGCAAGGCCAGUGGGUGACAGCACACUGUCCUUGAGAGCUCCGUGUCCCCCUGCUCACUGCCCUGCAGGCCCCGGCUGGAGCAGCCCGUGGAAGUUCCGCCUUCGAUCUCCCAGCACAGCUGUCCCCUCAGUCAGGCUCCUGGCAGUCAGAGAAACGCAUUCCCUUGGCCUCCACAAGGGCACUGCCUUUUUGGGGGGGGUGGGGAGAGAGGUUUAAACCUUGGCAGCUUAAAAAGCAAAUUAAUUGAAAUAUAUAAUUCAAUAUAUUGAAGUAUAAUCAAGCAUUAAAGUGUACUGUUCACCAGUGCUUAGUAUCUUCACACUGUGCGAUCAUCUCCACAAUCUAAUUCGUGAGGAAGGUAGCCAACAGCAUUAGCAUCACGCCCGGUUCCCACCCAGCCCCCGCCUGCCCCAGGCGAUUGCUGAUCUGCUCUGUCUCUCUGGGUUUGCCUAUGCCAUAGAAACAAUCCAAUAAUUUGUGGUCUUCCGUGACUGGCGUCUUUUACUUAGCACGAUGUUUGCAAGGUUCAUCCAUGUCAUAGCAUGUCAGGACUUCAUUCCCUUUCACUGCUGAAUGAUUUUCCCUCAUAUGGAUUUACCACAUUUUGUUUGUCAACUGAUGCCCAUCAAUUGAUGGACAUUGAGGUGGUUUCCACUUUUUGGCUAUAAACACUCAUGUACAAGUUACCGUGUAGACAUGCUUUAAUUUCUCUUGGGUAUAUACCUAGGAGCAGAACUACCGGGUCAUAUGACAACUCUGCAUUUAACAUUUUGAGGAACUCCUAAUUGUGUUCCACAGCAGCGGCACCAUGUUACAUUCCCAGAAGCAAUAUACAGGGUUCCAAUUUCUCAACAUCCUCAAAACACUUGUAAUUACCUAUCUUACUUGUUUUUGUUUUUGCUUCUGGGUACCCAGAAUUAUUGGAUGUUGAAUGUACCCUCUAGCCGUUGUGGCAAAGCAAGAAAACAGCAUUUUUCUGUUUUGGGGGUUUUUUUGUUUUGUUUUUUUGCCGUGCAAUUUAGUUUUGCAUUUUGAUCUUAAAUCCAGUAAUCUGGCUGAGCUUUAGUUAAUUUGUUUAUUUACUUUAAAUUAUUUUGUGUAGUCAACCAUAUCCCUUGGAAAUAGCGAUGGUAUUAUUUCUUUUGGGUCUUAUACACGUGGUUUCUUUUUCUUGUCACUCUGGCUAGGACUUUCAAUACAGUGUUGAAAGAAAGUGGUAAUAGGAAACUUCUUUGAGUUUUGUUCCUUAAAGGGAAUUCAUUUUGCCAUUUAAUUAAGUUUCUAGUUGCUAAAUUUCAUAUAUCCUUGAAACACUUGUAACUUUCUCAUUUGUUACAGCCAUCCUGGUGGGUGUGAAGCAGUAUCUUAAUGUGGCAUUUCUCUAAUGACCAAUGAUGUUAAGCACCUUUUCAUGAGCUUAUUGGCCAUUUAUAUAUUUUCUUUGGAGAAAUUCAGAUUUAUGAUUUGCAGAUAUUUUCUCCUAUACUGUGGCUUGUCUUUCACUUUCUUAUGGUAUCCUUUGAAGCACAAAAAUUUCUGAAUUUGAUGAAGUCCAAUUUAUCUAUUUUUUUCUUUUGUUGGCUUAUGCUUUUGGUGUUUUAUCUAAGAAACUGUAUUCUAACUCAAGAACACAAAGUUUUACUCCUUUUUUUCUUCUAGGAGUUUUAUAGUUUUAGCUCUUAUAUUUAGAUUUAUGAUCUACUUUGAGUUAAUUUUUAUGUGUGGUGUGAGGUAGGGGUCCAAAUUCUUUUUUUUUUUGUAUGUGGAAAUUGAAUUGUCCCUGCACCAUUUGUUGAAAAAAACUGUCCUUUCCUCUUGACACCUUUGUCAGAUAGCAAUUGACCAUUAAAGUGAGAGUUUAUUUUUGGACUCUCAAUUCUAUUCCAUUGAUUUAUGUCUCUCCUUAUGUCAGUACUACACUUUCUUGGUACCUUUAGCUUUUUAGGGCCUUGGACAUUUUUCCCCCUUGUACUUUUUUUGUUGAAGAAACAGAGUCAUUUGUUCCAUCAGACUGAAUUUGUUGAUUGCAUCUCUGUGGUGUCAUUUAACAUAUUCUUCUGUCCCUUGUAUUUUAGUAACCCAGAGGCAUGAUCUGAUUUAGAUUUGAUUUUAGCAGAAGAAUAAUUUGCAGGCAGUAUGUGCGUUUCCCUAGUCAGAGCAUGCUGUGGAGUUGAGCCUUCCGGUGAUGCUAGGGGCCAUCCAUGACCUUCACCUGGAUCAUUUUUUUUCAUUAGAGGGUGGGGAGGGGGUCACAGGGUGGUUUGGAGGAUUGAGGGGUAAUCAUGCAAUGAAGUAUCUGUUGCCGUGCCUGGCACAUAGUGACCUCUCAAUAAAUAUUAGCCCUUAUUGUUGUUGUUGUUAUUAGAGCUGUGUGUGUGGGACCCAAAUCCUGGGCUUGGAGCCAUUCUCUGGCCAGGGCGUUCUCUUCCCUUCUUCUCUGCCCCUGGAGGAGAAAUCUACAGUGCCCCAAGGCUCUGGGAGGCAUGUUCAGGAAUGCAGCAGCCAUCUCUUUGCACCUGGUGGGGCCCCUCCUGGGAAAGAAGGCUGAAGCUUCACUCAUCCGGUCCUUGCACCAGACUCUCGCCAUGGCCAAACAGCUGCAGGCUCGAAGGCUGGACAGGAUCGAGUACAACCCGUGGGUGAAGUUCAUCAAACUGUCCAGUGAGUAUGAUGUCGUGAACUUGGGCCAAGGCUUCCCCGACUUCCCGCCCCCAGACUUCGCUGUGGAAGCCUUUCAGCAUGCUGUCAGCAGGGACUUCAUGCUCAACCAGUACACCAAGGCAUUUGGCUACCCACCUCUGACAAAGAUCCUGGCAAAUUUCUUUGGAAAGCUGCUGGGACAAGAGAUAGACCCACUUAAGAAUGUGCUGGUGACCGUGGGUGCCUACGGGGCGCUGUUCACAGCCUUCCAGGCCCUAGUGGAUGAAGGGGAUGAGGUCAUCAUCAUCGAGCCCUUUUUUGACUGUUAUGAGCCCAUGACCCUGAUGGCAGGGGGUCGCCCUGUGUUUGUGUCCCUGAAGCCGAGCCCCACCCAGGACGGGGAACUGGAUUCCAGCAGCAACUGGCAGCUGGACCCCACGGAGCUGGCCAGCAAGUUCACAUCUCGCACCAAAGCCUUCAUCCUCAACACACCCAACAACCCCCUUGGGAAGGUGUUCUCCAGGGCGGAACUGGAGCUGGUGGCCAGCCUGUGCCGGCAGCAUGACGUGGUGUGCAUCUCCGAUGAGGUCUACCAGUGGCUGGUCUAUGAUGGGGACCAGCACAUCAGCAUAGCCAGCCUCCCAGGCAUGUGGGAACGCACCCUGACCGUUGGCAGCGCUGGCAAGACCUUUAGUGCCACCGGCUGGAAGGUGGGCUGGGUCCUGGGUCCAGACCGUAUCAUGCAGCACCUGCGCACCGUGCACCAGAACUCUGUCUUUCACUGUCCCACGCAAGCCCAGGCUGCAGUAGCCGAGAGCUUGGAGCGGGAGCAGCUGCACUUCGGCCAGCCUAGCAGCUACUUCGUGCAGCUCCCACAGGCCAUGCAGCGCAACCGUGACUGCGUGAUCCGCAGCCUGCAGUCUGUGGGCCUGAGGCCCGUGAUCCCCCAGGGCAGCUACUUCCUCAUCACAGACAUCUCGGACUUCAAGAGCAAGAUGCCUGACUUGCCUGGUGCUGUGGAUGAGCCCUAUGACAGCUGCUUCGUCACGUGGAUGAUCAAGAACAAGGGCUUGGCGGCCAUCCCGGUCUCCAUCUUCUACAGCGUGCCUCAUCAGAAGCACUUUGACCACUAUAUCCGCUUCUGUUUUGUGAAGGAUGAAUGCACACUCCGGGCCAUGGAUGAGAGCCUGCAGAAGUGGAAGGAUGAACUCAGGCCCUGACAUCGUCCCCUCAGCCCUGCUGUGCUGGGUCCCUUUGCGCUCUGCAGUUGUGUCUUUGUCCUGGUUUCAGCCAUUCCCAUGGUGGAGGUAGAUGAUACGCAGGAAGGUCUUCAGGGAAGAGCCCUCCGUCUUGGUCUUGGGGGACUCAGGGGCAUCUCCCCAUGGUGUCUGUGUUCCUGUCGUGGAGAUGAAGGAGGCCUGACCUGGGCUCCUCCUUGCCCAUUCCCAGGUGGGGUCUUAGGGUCUUGAGGCCCUUAGGCCUCCCCAGACUUGCUGGGACUCAACGGGCAGAGUUGGACAGUGUGCUGGCCUUGAGUCCUAGCCCGGGCCCCAGGGCUCUUUCCCUGUCUAACCCUGACCUUCGGAAGUUGCUAUAGGCUUGAGCCCUCAAGCCAGUCCUUUCUGCCCUAAUAAAGUUUUAAGUGUAAGUUAUGAAGCCCUUAUUGGCUCUUCUCCCUGCUUCACAUGCUGGUGCUCAUCACGGAGGGCGACCCAGUCAGUAUGGAAGGCACCUCAGUGGACCUCAGAUCACAACUGUUCUUUGUACAAAUGUGUUCUGUGAAAUAAAACCAAGGCCCAGAGAAGGGUGGGAACUUG